UACAAGUCCUGUCAUCGUCAACACAAACCUUUAUGUAUUAUGGAAAAUGUUUGACUGUGCAGCAUGGAAGAAGAUAACAGAGACCAAAAACUAAAGGCCGGAAAAGAAAAAUUAGCCCAGUUUCAGAGGAAAAAGCGGAAGAAAAGGCCCCAUGGAAGAAAGGAGACUGGAGAAGGUGAUGGUUGCCAAGGGGAUGACUACACAUCACCUGGAGAAUACACUUCACCUGGGGAGGAGACAGUAGCUGAGUUAGCUGCAGACAAUGGAGUUACUUGGACGGUAGAACCCAUUCCAUUGACAACGCAAGAACAUCAUCCCACCAAUGUGUGUACAGUUCACCCUGAUGGAAAUCAACAGGUACCCUCAGAAGUCACUGAUAUCCAACAGAACAUCCCACCUAAUAUGGCCGUCAACUCUGUAAUAUACGGUCUUCCAACUAGCACUACCAAAGAAACAGACAUCGAGAGAUCUACUGGAAAUCCAAAUAACAAAUCUGAAGAAUCAGAAAAACAUUUUUUUGGUGAUAUGCAAAACCAACAAAUGACAAUUGGUUCCCAGCAGUCUGCAAUGUUUACCGAUGUCAAAAAUCAAUCCUUGCCAUUAUGCACAAAUGCUGGUUCCCAGGACAUAACAAAAACAGAAAAUGGUUCCUAUCAGUUUGUUAAUGGGUCUAACAGUAUGGGUGUUGGAGACCAGUCCUUGCCAUUUUGCACAAAUACUGGUACUCAGCAGUUGAUAAAUGGGUCCCAAGGCCAAGAAUUUGUAGAUAGAAACCAGGAGGACGAGAUUCAGGAGCUACAUCAUGUUGUUCAGUGGCUGAAGCUUCAGCUAACUAAGAGUAACAGUGCCUUACGCAGCCAGGUAGACAAUCAAGAGAGAAGCGCUGCAGCCCUUCUACAAGCCAGAACAGAUAUCACCACACUCCAGAGCAACAUUCAGGAUAAGGAGAACCUUGUAACCAGUCUUGCAGAGAAACUGACUCUCAUAUCCACUGAGUAUAGCGCCCUCAAAGACACAUAUGCACAAAUGAAAGAGGACAGUGUGAAGAGUAGGGAAGAUGUGAAAGUGUUGACUGCUGAACACGAAAAUGAGGUUAAAACAUUGGAACAAAGGUUCGAGGAAUUUAAGGGUAACUAUGAAGGGAGAAUUAAAGACUUGACAAAUGAAGUGCAGAAGGGUGAAAACGAUAUGGCAGAUUUGAAAGAUAUUCUUGAGAAAACUAUUAAGAGUAAAGAAAGUUUAGCAGAGAACUGUGAAACAUUGAAAAAGGCAGCAAUCAUAGUGAAAGAAAGGCAUGAGGAAUUGCUAGCUGACAAAGAUUUGGAGAUACAACAACUAAGAGAUGAACAAACCAUUUCUGAACAGGCUAACACUGAAAACAUUAGGGAAAUGGAAAGUAAAAUAUCCAUGUUAUGUUCUGAAAAUGGUCAAAUAAAGGUUUAUAUGGAACAGUUAGAAAAAGAAAAUUCUGAGUUGUUACAAGCAGGUCGGUUUGACAAAGACAAUAAAGCAAGUUUGAAGUCAUUGCAAGAUCAUUGUCAAGAAAUUGAGGCUUUAAAACAAGAAUUAAACAAUCAAUUGAGUCAAAAAAGUGCCAACUUGGAACAGAUCAUAGCAGAAAAUACUGUCCUUACUACUGAUAAUGGGAUGUUAGCUGGAGAAAUUGAAAACUUGAAGAAGGAUAUAUUGCUUGUAUGUGAUGAGAAUCAAAAACUGUUGGAUGAUAACAGUGUAUACAAGUCUCAGAUUUCUGACUAUGAGGCUAAAAUAAAUGAAGGGUUCACCAUUCUGGAAGAGAACCAUUCCCUGCGUGUUCAAAAUGAUGAGUUGAAUAAUAAAAUCAACAAUCAGAAAGAUGUUAUUGCAGAACUUAAGAAUGAACUUGCAAGUUUUACAACAGAGAAUGCCCAACAUGUUGAAGAGAACAAAUCACUUACAUCUACUGUGGAAAGUUAUAAGAAGGACAAUGGUGAUUUGGAGACAGACAAAGACAAAUGUUUAACUGAGAUAGCAGCCUUGAGAUCUCAGAUAGACAAUCUUUCUGAUGAAAAUAAGAGGUACAAAGAACAGGAUAAUGAUUUGCAGAAUAGGAUUGUCUUGUUAAAUAAAGAGAUCUCUAGCUUGAAAUCACAUCCGGUGAAUGUACCUGCUCAAAAUGACCAGUUUUUACCAGUGCAAGAAGAAACUGUAGUUAAAGAUGUACUUCAAAAUGUAGAAUGUGUUCAAAAACAUACCAUUUCUGGACAUAAGAACACUGAAAAUAGUGACCAAAGAAACUCACGAGAUGAAAAGGCUGAUGUAAUGAAUGAUACAGCAUAUGUCUCCCUGCAACACGAGUCCUCCACAGAAAACACCAUGGCACAAAAUGUAAACUUUCAAGAAACCAUCGAACAUUUACAACUUGAGCUAAACACCAUGAGAGAUGCACUCAGAGAGAAACUUAAUGAAUGUGAAUGUUUGAAAGACAACAUAAAAGCACUUGAAAUGUCGCAAGACAUUCAUAAGGCAGACAACCCUGCAUUUAUAAAAUCUGAUAAUAUGCCACUUAUUGAUCAAACAAGCAAUUUAGAAGAAGCCAGUUUGUCAAAAGAGGUGAUUGUGAGUAAUUCCUGUGAGACAGUGGAAAAUAAAGAGACAUAUACCACUACCUCUGACGAAGAUCUAACUGAGAGUGAAAAGUCUGAGUUGGAAACAUUAAAGGGCCAAUAUGACACCCAGCUUGAGGGACUAAAGUCAGAAAUUGAGCGAUCUCGCGAGCGACGCAGAAGUAGGGAAGAUGACGGGACAGGGGGCAGUGGUGAAACACUUUCUGACACACAUGAACCCCUACAGAAGAUUCAGGAGCUAGGAGCGGGGUUACCUAAUGACAAGAAGGAUCAACUAGAGUCCCUGGUCAAAGACAUGGACCAGCAGUACCAGGCUCAGCUGGAAGACAUGCACAGGCAACAUGUGGAGGAUGUAGAUGUUCAGGUUUGUGCCAUGAGGGGAACUCUGGAGGAGAUAUACAAAAGUCAGACGGAACUACUGCAGACUGAACUGGAACAGAAACACCAUGCUGGCUUGCUUCAGGUGAGACAGACGCUUGAAAACGAACACAAGGAGUACAUAGCGAAACUUGAACAGGAACAUACAGAUAAACUGGACGAAUUGAAGAGGGAGUACUCACAGGGAACAUAUAUAGGAAAAGAGGAAAGUGCCGAGUUUAUUACCCAACUUAAUAGGAAACUUACGGAAGAACACAGACAAAUCAUUCAGCAGAUAGAGGCUGACUUGGAGCUCCGCGGUCGGUCAAAGGAUGGACAGACAGACAGGGAGGACACUGUGAGUGUCACGUCGGAGCCUGUCACCUCUGCUGAGAAAAAGGCCGUACUGAAUAAGGCUGAAGAUGUCCAGAGAAGCUUGGCCGCCCAGGUUGAGGAAAUUGAGUCCCUGCGUGCCCGCAUGUUAAACGAGUACCAACAGAUGUUGUCGGUCCGCGCUGAGGUAAUGUCUAGCCAGUCUGCGGAGGUCGAGCAGCUCCAGCGAGAAAUGGAGACCAUUCAGCGCGACUACGCCGGACAGAUGGAUGAGUUCGAGACCAAAGUCAAACAACAGACUGAGUCUGCAGUACGCUCUGAGCUGGGUUCAUCACACGCACGUGACCUCGAGGAGAUGAAAACUUAUUAUGAGGCCAAAGUGUCUGAAAUCACCACAGAUAUGGAUCAGCUUAGAGAGGAGCAUGCAGAGCUGUUGUCUCGCCUACAGCAGGAGAAUGGCGGAUCUGACUUGCCAUCCACAGUCCAUAUGUCCCCAGGCAAACACCGCGAUUACGUGCGACACACCACCACCCUCACAGCAAUCUCAGACGAGGACGAGUCUCCGCCCUCCACCCCUACCCCUGGGACGACCCCCACUGGUGGGGGAGAUGAUGGUAUGAUUGAAAACAGACUUAGAACCCUUGAGAGUAAGCUUAAAGAUAAGGAGAAGAUUAUUGAUCAGUUGAAGAAGAGAGUGGAAGCUGAAACAACUAGUGCGGAAGAUUUACAUGGGAAGCUGUUGGAUAGUAACAAGACUUUAGAAGACAUGGAGGAGUCUUUGAAGUCAAGAGCUGAUGAAAUUGAGGAUCUCAAGAAAGAAUUGGCUGAGAAAGUUGAAAAGAUAAUUGAUUUGGAAAGUGAGAAAGCUGCUUUGGAAGAAAAGGGUGAAAAGGAUACAGGUGUGUCUGAGUCUGGUGAUAAGAUUUUAGCAGAGUUGAGAGAGAGAAUUAAAACACUGGAAAAUGAACUAAGUGCUAGUAAGGAAACCAAUGCUAAAAUCAAAGAUGAAAUAAAUAAGAUGUCUUAUGAACAUGGAGAAGCUAUUGUCAAAAUGAAAGAAGAAAUGGAAAACUUGAAUAUAAUCAAAAUUGAAGAGUUGGAAGCAGGGUUUAAGAUUCAGUUAGAAGAAGAAUUACAACAGCAGGCUGAAGAGCUGGACAAUAAAAUGCAAGAUGAAUUAAGACAACAAGCUGAGGAGCUUAAUGUGUUUAAACAGACCGAGAGUGAGCUGAAACAAAAACUGGAUGAAAUUCAAACAGAGCAUGAGAAACAACUGAAUGAACUGAAGGAAAAGUAUGAAAGCGAAAGUCAAGGAGUGGUGGAACCAACAAUUGAAGUCCAGGAAACUAUGGAAGUCCAAAUGGUUUCUCCUACUGAAACGAUGGAUAGAGAAUCUCUUGAAGCAACAUUGAGGGAAGAAUUGAAGGCUGAAAUACUUAAAGAAUAUGAGGAUUCAAUUGACUCUCUUAAGAAUGAGUAUGAAGAAAGGAUAAGUGAUCUUAACACUAAACUGCAAUCAUUGGAAACCAAAGAAAAGAUUGAAUCUAGUGAAAGUGAAGAUGAAUCUGACAUUAAGGAAAAACUAAGAGUAGAAAUUGCUCAAGAGUUUAAAGAUAAACUGCAGAAUGUGACUGAUGAAUAUGAAACAAAAUUGAAACAUCUGCAGGGCAUACUUGAUAGUAAGAAAGAAAGUGAAAGAAAAGAAAACGAAGCUACUACUAAGCAGUUAACACAAUCUUCACCACCAUAUGUGCUUGCUAGAUCAAGAUCUCUUGAUCGUAUGCCUUCUCAGGAUAGAUCCAAACUUCCAGCGGAUUAUGAGGGCUUUGUAUCCACUAUCAGAAAAGGAUAUGAGGAUAGGAUAAAUUCCCUACAGAGAGAGAUAGCCCAGUAUAAAUCCAGCGUAGGACCAGUGCCUUUGUCACCAUUGUUGUCUUUAACUUCAAAAGCUCAAGUUGUUUCUAGUUCAACAACAGACAGUGAUAGAACUAAAGCUUUGAAAGCUAGUCCAGAUUCAGUGACAGGUAGUUCUGUAGCUGUGUCACCCCAGUUAAGACAGCAGGUUUAUGAUGAAAUCCAUGCUGAAUUCCAGGCUUCUUAUGAUCAGUUAAAGGAAGACUAUGAAGCUCAAUUAGAAGAACUUACUGAUAAAUUAAAUGCCUUACAGUCUGAUAGUGCUACACAGGGUGAUAUUGAAAACAAAAUCAGUGAAGAAUAUGAGGAACAGAUUGAAAAACUUAAAGCAGAGUAUGGAGAAAAGAUAGCAAUACUUAAAUUAGAACAUGAAGAAGAAGUAAGCAAACUAAACACAGAAUUAGAAAAAUCCAAAUCAGAUAAACUUGCAGCUGAGAAGAAAGUGAAAGCAGACAUGUUUGUUUGGCAUGAGGAGGUGACAUCGCAGAUGAAGCACAAGCAUGAUGAGGCGAUAUCGGCGAUGCGGAAGGAAUAUGAGGAGAAGAUGGAACUGUACCAGGAGGAGCUACAGGAGGAGUUUGACAUGGAGCGGACGCGGAUGGAGCAGGAGCACAGGCGGGAGAUAGCUGACACAGAGGACAGAUAUGAGAACCUUAUGGAAAGCCUCCGUAAAGGUGAAACACCUGAGGUUGCUGAGUUGGUUCGGGAGAAAUAUGACCUUGAACUAGAAAUGGCCAAGUCCUUGAUAACACAGGAGAGUGAGGAGACACUGGAUGCUGAACUGUCUCGUCUUGGUGAAGAGAAAGACCUAGAGAUAGAGGAACAGCGUGCCAAGUAUGAGGCCCAGAUGGUUGAACUCCGUGAGUCCCUGCUACAACAAUACCAGGCCCAACUUGCAGAGGCGGAAAGUAGUAACCAAGCUGCUAUACAGGCACUCCAAGAUAAUCUAGAAGCUGCUGAACUGGCACAAGGUGUUAGUGAGUCUGCUAGUGAGAAGAAAGACACUGAAAAAGACACUGGUGUUGAUAGUGGAGAAUAUUUAAGUGAUUUAAAAAGGACUCACGAGAUUGGACUAGGCAGUCAAGGUGAAGCAGUGAGGUCGACUGCAUCUAUUGACUCCACAAAGAUGGAUGAAGGUGAGAAAGAUGAGGAGGAGGAAGACGUGGAUACCACAGGAGCGGGUGGGCGCUACAGGGAUGGGGAUGAUGACACAGAUGGAGGAGCGGGUGGAGCAAAAGUAACACCCAACUCUACACAAGACAACAAGGACUUGCAGGUGGAACAGCAUGACAUUUCUCAUGAGCAAGACGGUGACCAGCCAGACACAACCACAGGGGAGGCGGUUGGUGACACAGUUGCUGAACUGAGACAGCAGCUGGAAAAGAAGACUGCUGAGUAUGAAGCUGUGAUCUCUGAGCUGAGAACCCAGCACGCCGAGGAGAUACGCCAGUUGACAGAGGAGUUAUCCGCGCUUGAAGGCCAACAUAUGGAAGAGGAGGCCAAACUGCAGCAUUCACACGAGGUCAUGAUUGCCACACUGAAUGAGGAAAUUGAAAAUCUCAGAGAAGGGGAAGCAACUGAAGCCCUUGAGUUGGCCCACCAGCAGGAGUUGUCUGACCUGGAAAACAGACUGGUUCACAAGCACAUGAAUGAGCUGAACAAUGCUCAGACACAGUACCAAUCUAAACUGGACAGUCUACACAAGGCUCACGCUUCAGAGAUAGCAGAACUUAAAUCCCAGCUUGCAGAAACCCAGAAAUCCCUGGAUACCCUCAGCCCAAGACUUCCCAGUUUCCAUGGAGAGAUCACGGAAGGGCAGGAUGAGGAAGACUUUAUGGCCCGAGAAAGCCUGUCCUCGACUGAUAGUGAGCCCAAGUCGGAGCCAUUCCAGGCCCAUCAGCCUUCAGACACUAUCGAGACUCAGGCUUUUGAAGCCCAGGCGGAAGAGGAGAUCACUGAAAGUUCCGACAUUGGUGGAGCCUCCCUUGGUGGUACGCUGGAGGGUAUAGGGGUCGUUUCCCUGGAUACGUCUGUCGACCCAGCAACCCUCGCUGACACCUCACUUGACCAAUCACGAGGCACGCUGCGGGGUGUGGACACGACAGCUGAUACAGAGCUUAUACAUUUCUCUGAGGAGGAGGAGGAGGACGAGGAGACCAGUGAGACAGACAGGUCUAUGCAGGAUGCUGGUGACACGGGAAAAACAGGACGUAGCACCCCUCCCGUGAUGUUACAGACCCUGGGGUACGGCACAGAACUUCAACCAACUGUGAAAUCCCUCGAUGACACAACAGACUCGUCCCUCCGGGGAACAGAUAGGGAGGAGCUGCAGGCCAGGGUUAAAGAGUUGGAGGCAGAGGUGAUAGACCUGAGAGCCAGGCUGGGGGCGGAGUUAGAGAGACAAGGGGAUACGCUUGAACGCAUUGAUCGUGAGAAACAGGAGGAGCGAAACCUGACGGCCAUGCUACGAGAGGACAUUGAACGACUCAAUGGUGACAGGGAGGCUAUGCAAACCACAAACGAGCACCUUCUUAGCCUGUUAUCCGACUCCGUAAAGACAUACAUGACUGUGGACGAGGGCAUCACGAGACGCAUGAAGACUAUGAUGGAGAAGUCAGGCGUCAAAGUUCCAGCCCCAGGGUCAGGCAAGAGGACCCCACCUCCAGGGAAGAAGUCACCCAGUGCCUCCCCGGGGAGACUCAGUCCAGCUAGAGCAGAGGAUGCUGAUAAUCUCCAGGAGACUUCUAUCUUAUCCAAUAUUACUGACGAGGGCCUAGAUCUCUCCCAGCGAAUAUGUGACUCCAUCUUCCAGGGUCCCGACCUUGCAUCAGAGGAGGAGGAACUGCUUAUAGACUCUGGAAGUCGACUACGGACCUCUGUCACCCACCUACUUGAAGUCCUUGAGGAGACCACGUCCCAACUUCUUGACACACGCUCCACCCAGGCGCAACUUGCUGACACGGUCGAGGGGACGGGUCAUGACCUCUCAUCACUCAUGGCCCGCUGUGCUGACCUCGAGGAUCGAUUACGAGAGGAAGUUGAGCGGAAAGAUUUCCUUGCUCUCGAGCUACACAAGGCAGAAGGCCUGAUCGAAGGAUAUGUGUCGGAACGCGAAACCCUUGAACUGAAGAUAGGCGACCUUGAAGAGCAGAAGGAGACGUUGGUUCUUUCCCUUGAAACUACUAAAAAUAAACUACACGAUCUUGAAUCUAUGAAAUCUGAGAAUGAGAAACUGCGACAAGAGAUGAAAGAGCAGCGCGAGCUGAUGACGUCAAACGUUGGCGACGAAGCGCAAGCAACCAAGGCUGAAGAAUCAACUAUAGCGCCAUCUGGUGGCAAAGCUCUCCUGUUGGAGGUUGAUCGGCUGAACAGCGAGAAUCGUGAGCGGGAGGAGCAGGUUCGCACGACGCACGAGCGUUACGAGUAUCGUGUCCGCGAACUGGAGACUAGCGGAGAAGAUAUGGAACAUCACUAUGGAAAACUCCUUGACGACAAGAAACAGGAAGUGGCUGACCUUCGUCUGCAGGUUGAUGCCCUCGAUAAACAGCUGAAGGCAAAGAAGCAGUUUAUUGAGGAGCAGUCAGCGGAGCGUGAACAGGAGCAUGAGGAGUACCAGCGGGAAAUUGAGAAAUGGCGGAAAAACGUGCACGAUCUCGAGAAACACAACGGCUCCGAGUCACGACUUCAGACUGACGUUGAUGAGUUGACCGAACAGCUCCAGGCCCGUAUUGACCUCCACGAGACGGCAAUCCAGGAGUCUGACCGUCUGCAAAAAUCGCUCAAGGAAAGGGACCUGUCUGUCCGUGAACUGAAGACUCUUAAUGAACAAUUUGACCUUGACUUACAGGAGAAGAGUCUAGAGGUUGAACGACUUAAAGAGAAACUUGCCAAGCUUGAGGCCACAUUUGGUACAGGAGAUUUCCAGGAUGAUGAGUUAACGGACAGUGGGAAAUCGGAGGCCCGUCCUCAGGGUCCUGCAGACUCAAUAGAGCUGUCAGGGAUUGAAGGGCGCAAUGAGAGAUCCGGGCCUCACAUGACUGUCGAAGAAGAGAUAAGACAAGCCGCUGACAAAACUAAGGAGGAGCUAGUUCGGGAGAAAUUCACCCUCCAGUGUGCUGUUAAUGACAACCUUGUACAACUCUCGAGCCUACGUAACCAGCUGGAUGAGAUGCGACAUCGACGCGGGAUAGGAGAACCAACAGACUCGGAGAAACGUCUAGAUGCAGAGAGGGAAAAGUCAGAGGAAAAAGAUAAACAGAUAUCUGAGCUGAAUCUAGAAAUUGAGGAACUAAAGGAGACUUUAGGUAAUCGCGACCAACAGAUUGAGCAAUUACGAGAACAGCGUGCGCGACAUCGCACAUCACCGACGGAGAGCGUUCUGGAGUACGAGAGAGAUCGGGACACAGAGAGACAACUAGAGGCACUCAACAGGGAGAACAAACAACUUAAGGAGCGAUUGAAGCUUGCUGAGGCCAGUUUUGCUGGUGACAUGUCAGGGUUGAGCCAAGGUCUGAUUGAAGAGAAGAACGCGGAGAUAGACCAAUUAUCUGACCAACUGUCCCGACUUCAGGCUGACCUUGCUGACAUCAAGGCAGAACGAGGCGUUGAACACCUGCAUAACGAGUUAGAAGCUCUACGUGAGGAAGUCAGCGUGAAGGAUCGAGAGAUCAUGGAGCUGCAAUCAUCCGUCCGCGUGUCUGCAGCAUUCACAGACAAUUCACUAACCCCUGACUCCAGUCUGCUCAAUGUUGGGGCGUCUUUUACGGACAAGGCAAGUAUUGCCCAAGAAAUGGAGGAAACAGUGACAGCCCGUGUGGCCGCUGGUCUAGAAGCUGAGGUCCAGAGCCUUAAAUCCCAAGUACAGACAAAAGAAGACCUGGCUGUUUCCCUUGAGACAGAGUUAGCCGCCUUAAAGGAGGAGUUAGCUGCCUUGAAGGAGGAGUUAGCUACCCUUAAAGAAGACGUCACAUCGAAGGAUGAGCUAAUUGAAGCCUUGCAGCAUAAACCUGUACAGGAGGGUUUGGACCUAGAGGAGGCCAGCCAUAUGCAAGCAUCUAUUGCUGAGAAGGAGGGGAUGAUUGGACAACUCACUGCAGAGGUGGAAAGCAUGCAGAUCGAGAUCACCGACCUUCAUGAUUUCCAGUUAAAACUCCAAGAGGAUUACGAGACAGUUCAGACGAUGCUGGAAGACAAAAUACGUGAAAACGAGUCACUUACAGACCGACCCCCCGAUUUUGCGUCCGAGGAACAUGCUCUCGUGAUAAAACACGAGGUGGAGAUUGCCCGCCUAAAAAGAGACCUGCGGGAGAAAGAUAACGUUGUUGAAGAAAAGCUUGAGGAGUUAGCUGAACUUAGCGAUAAAGUAGAACUCCUUGAAUCUCACAUUGCCAAAUACAAGGAACAGGUGAAAGACAAUGAUGAACAGAUUCUUGAAAAGGACAAAGAAAUAAAGAAACUGAGGAGAGAAAUUGAAAUUGCCUCUGAGGACGAAAAGUCCCGUAUAAUACAAGAACAGAAAGAAGAGUUGGAAAAUCUUAAGGAGCAAGUUCAGAAACUUCUUGGAAGACCACCAUCUCCACCAAAAUCUGAGGAUGAAAUAGAUGAUGCUGUUACGCUUGGAAGACCUCCAUCACCUCCUGGUGAAAACUUCACAGAAAGUAAAGCUGAUGUUAUUACAAGAUUAAGGGUUGAGAUUGAAAAACUUAAACAGCAGAUUAUGGAUGCUAACCUUACUGGAGAUGAUAAGUUUGUUCUAAUCCGCGAUCUCAGACUAGAGAAUGAAACUCUUAGAAAGCAAAUUGAUGCAGCCCUGAAGAUUAGACCUCCCUCUCCACCUAUGGAAGAAGAUGAAAAGACACAGCUAAUACAUGAACAGAGAAGAGAAAUUGAAGUGUUAAGAACUCAAGUUGAAACUGGUGUUCCUCGAACUGAAGAUGAGGCAUCUCAGGUUAUUAGAAAGCAAGAGAAAGAGAUUGUUAAGUUGAAGAAACAAGUCGAAGCUGCUUUACAAAUUGCACCACCACUUCCGCCAAUGAGUGAGGAUGAAAAAGAUAAUGUGAUUGAAGAGAAAGAGAUGGAAGUUCAGACUCUGAAGAAAGAGUUAUCUGAAGUUAAACUUAGAUUAGACUCUUUGAAUUCAAGUUCAGCCACUUCACUGCAAGAAAGUGUCCAGGAAAAAGAAGUUGAGAUGAGUAAGAAAGAGAAAAAAUUAAAGGAAGCGGAAGAAAGGGUUAAGAAGUUAGAAGAAGCUUUGGAAGAUGCCAAAGAGGUUAAAGCUUAUGAAGAUGAAAUAGAACUGAAAGAAAAACAGGAUGAAAUUGAGGAACUUCAAGCUGAAUUGGAGACUUACAGAAGCAGAGAAGAGAGCAGUUUGUCUCAAAGUUUGGAAAUGGACAAAACUGGUGAAAAAUCAGACCCUAAACAACUGGUUAGGAGUAUGUCAUUCUACAAGGAGCAAUAUGAAGAUAAGUGUUCUGAAACCAGACAGUUGCAGGUUCAGAUAGAUCUUAUCAAACAGCAACUGGAGAAUGCCAAUAGUGAAAAACUAGAGGAUGCACAAGAAGAGGUUGAACUCUUCAGAGCAGAGAAUGAACAGUUGAGGGCUAAAACUGAAAUUUUUGAAAAAGAGAGGGAAGAAUUGAAGAGAGAGCUUACAUUUACUAGAGAGAGGCAAGGGAAAACUGACAAUGAACAGAUUGAAUCUCUUGAAAAAGAACUGCAACUGACUAAAGAUGAGCUAGCUAGAGAGAGAUUAGACACUGUUGAAGCAAUUAAUGAUUUGGAACACUUGAGAGAAAGGAAAGAAAGAGAAAGAAGAGGAUCACUUAAAACAAUUCAGGAACUUGAACAGGAUUUGGAAGAAAAGAUGGCUAAAGAAAAACAACUUAAUAUUCAAAUUAAGCAACUAAAUGAAGAGCUGACUGUCAUCAAACGGCAGUAUGGAAUAGAAGACAAGGGAACUGGUGCAGAAGCAAGAACUAGUCCAAAGUCGCUACAGUUGAGGUCUCAGGGAUCAUUUGAACUUUCUAAUGAUGUGGAAAUACUGCAAGAACAGGUUAUUCAAUUCAAGCAACAUGCUGAUAAGGCGAAAGAAAUUCUAGGUGAGAAACAGAAAUACCAAUCUCAGCUUGUGAAGCUAGAAAUCCAGCAUGAACAGUUACAGAAAACAAUGAAGAAAGAAGUGAGCAGGCUGGAAGAACAACUUAAAUCUUUCAAAACCCAGCCUGACAAAGAUGUUUGGACCCAGCUUCAUGCAACUCAAGAUCGCCUUGAGAAGACAUCUGACCAACUAGCUGAAACUGGUCUACAUCUCGCAGAAACAGAAUCAAGUCUGAAGCAAGUGAGUGCAGACUUAGCAGCUCGGGAAGACGAGAUGAGAGGUCUACAGCAGGAUCUGUGGAAGACGUCCAGCCAGUUGUCAGCAACAAGCACGAAGCUGCAGGAGACUGAGGAGAGACUGCGGCAGGCGCUGGGGCAGGUGUCAGAACGGGAGGAUCAAAUUCUCCACUUGCAGGGUGAAGUGCAACACCCACCAGCUGAGCAGUCCAGCAAUAUAUCCCCACAAGAGGUAGAGAGACUACAGGAUCAGCUGAGGUCUAGGGAUCAGGAACUUGAACAGACCACACAGGAGGCUGACCGACUCCGUGCCCAGCUGGCAGACACCAAGAAAGAACUAGAUGAAGUUGGCAAGAGCCUUAGAGAAGCUGUUGAUAUGGGGGAACAACAGAUGUCGGUGGCUGAAAGCAAGGACCAGGAGUUUGUUCAGCUGAAACUGGACAUCCAGGCUUCCAUGCAGGAGAAGGAUAAACUUAUCAGGGAACAGAAGAACCAACUAAAAGAAAAAGAGAAAGAAAUGAAGAAACUUCAACAAGAUGUCGAGCAAAGACAGAAAGAAGUUAUCAAGGUGACAGAAGAAGCCAACAAGGCGAAGGAAGAGGUUGCACAGACAAGGCAGUCAGGGGAGACCACUACUAUUGCUACAUUGAGAGCUCAGCUACAGAAUCAGGAAGAAGUAAUUAUCUCCCUUGAGACUAAUCUGAAUGAGGCUCGGACCGCAGUGCAGGAGCGUGACACAGAAAUCUCAGACAUUCAUCACCUAGCCAGCGAAACCCGCUCUCAGGAAGCAGAAACUGUCUCUGCUAUGCACAGCCAGAUCACUAACCUACAAAGAGAAGUGGAAGAGCUACGGGCCCUGACUAAACUGAAGAAAUUCAGUUCUGAGGGCUCAGAGACGGGUCAAAGUCCUAGAUCUGGAGGGUCACAGGGAAGACGUCCCUCACCGACAGAUGGUGCAGAUUUCAGAAGCUCCCCUGACGUGUCAUUACUUCCUGGUGAUGCCACAAGAAGGGCUUCAGAUGAGAGUUUCCGUACUGAAGGACAGACAUUCCUUGAGGCGGUACAGACUAUGCAGGACCAGGAAGAUUCGGGGCACCAGUCAUUUGAGCCUAGUGGCACCAGAGAACGGAGUCUUUUAAGGUCAGAGUCCCCUGAGGGUCAAAGCCUGUCACCAAGGCAACUGAGACCACAGGAGGUAGAGAUCUUACAAAGGGAGGUAGUUCCAGCCUACAUGGCGGCAAGCCCCAGUCCUCCUACCAGGGACGGGCCUGAGUACCAGAUGGUCACCCAGACAAGCGAAGCCCGUUCAAGGUCAUCAUCAAAGAGCAGCUCCCCUGUGGAUGCAGAACAACAGAAUGGGAGAACCCCAAGUGAAGGUCAUUCUGAACUGGAUGCCCAGAGAAGUGAAGAUGAAAGGUCAAAGCAGGUUGAAGGUCAAAGGUUGUCGCCAACAUCCCGCAUCUCACCCAGUGAGAUUCAUAGGUCAUUAAGGGAAGGCCACAGGACACCUUCCGAAGGCCACAGAACACCUACUGAAGGUAACAAAACACCAACAGAAGGUCAUAUGUCACCAAGUGAAUUCCACAAAGCUCUAAGGCAAGGUCGCAAGUCGUCAAGUGAAAGCCACAGGUCAGAUGGUCAAAGGUCACCAAGUAAUAGCCAGGGACACUCUUCCAGGAAAAGUUCUCCGAGAGAUGGGGAUUUUACACCAGUAGGUCAGAGGUCAUCUCCAAGCCAGAGGUCAACUUCAAGCCAAAGGUCAUCCAAUGGAAGAACUGCAGAGGUAGGAACCUUCACCCUUGACACAGAAAACUUGGUAUACAAUGUACCCAGCAGCCAGCAGGGAGCUGGGGAAUCUGAGAGGUACAUUGGUGAAGAUGGACAGUUGUAUGAUCGUGAUGGCAAUCUGAGACCUCGCUAUUCCCAACCCACUGAGGUACAACAUGGGGUCCAGAGUCAAAGUGAAGAUCAAAGUUCACAGAGAGAUCAGGUCUUACCAGAGGCUGCACAGAGCUUGUCUUCAGAGGCUGAAAAAUACAUUCAACAACUAAGGAGGGAAUUGCUCAUCACCAAAACAGCACUUAUGCAGAUACAAAGAGGAGAGAGAUUUGAUGAAGGUGAGCCUCCUGAAGGUCGUGACCUUGAGGUUGCAGAUGAGGUCAGUCCAAGGUCAUAUCCAGUUGCCAUGGAAACUCAGAGAGUUCUAGAUCAGGGUCAGGGUGAUUUUAGGAUCACUAGUGCCCCAAGCCAACAGGCAGAACUCCGGUAUGAACCACUAUCAGAUUACCUUGACCUGACCAGUGUUCGACAAAGACUAGAAAAGGCUCAGGAAGAACUUGACCUCUACAGGACUUCCACAAACCUCUCAGCACGAGAUUUUGUGCAGAAGGUUAUGAGCCUUAAAGACGAGCUAAGCUCAGAACAUCAACGUCACAUCUCUGAACUGACCCGGCGUGCCAGCCAGGACACCGAAGCUCAGCUAGCAGCCCUCCGUAUUAAAUACACCGAUGAAAUAGAGCAUCUGAAACGACUUCAUGGUCGAGAGGUGGACGAGAAAUUACAUGACCAGCUGCAGAAACUUGAGCGCAAGUACAAGGCAGAGACGAACAGGCUGGUGGUUAAACACCAGGAGGAGAUAACUGCCCUGAAGUCACGAGCAGGGCUCGACUUUGAUGAGUCAUCCGUCCAUGAGCGGGAAGCCAGGCAGAGACAGGAUGGGGUGGGGGCAGAGAUGGGGCUCGUUAAUGGACACGGAGCUGAGCCCAUGUCUGCUAAGCUACAGGGCAUACUGCGAAAACUCCACCGUGAGGGCGUCCAGGUGUUAACAAUCUCUGAGCUUGAAUAUCUGAACCGUUCUCAGUCCUCGGCAAGCCUUCCGCGUGAUGCGGAUGUCGAAUCACUCCGUGCGGGGUGGGAGAACGAGCGCCAGUCAAUGAUCUCAACCAUACAGGCCCUCAAGGACCUGCUCGCUCAGACGCACAAACUCAGGGGGCUCGAUAAGGACGGAGAUGAUGAUGAGGACGAGAGCCUGGAGGGAUCUGAUUGGAGGGCGGAGCUUCUACGUGCCAUCAGCUAUGUGUUCACCAAGGAGCGUGAGACGCUGCUUGCCCAACUCCGAUCUCACGUCCUGGCAUUCCCAGAAACCAACAUCGACGAGGUGCAGAGACUUGAACAGAAAAUCAGGAAUAUGGAGUCCCAGCACCAAUCAGCCCAGGAGCAGAUAUUCAGUGCGGACCGACAAUCCCUGCUGGCGGAGUUACGAGAUCUCCGUGCACAUGCCACGAUUGCCCGCCUCCAACAGCAGGAGGAGCGUGACCGGCUGCACGAGAAACUCGCACAUGCCGAGGACAACGCCCUGAAGAAGGAACGUCAGCUCAAACGACAAGACUCGGAAGAAACCAGUCUGUCCGAAUACCAAGUGCAGCUUCUCGAGUUCAAGAUCCAACAGGAGAAGGUUCUUCAAGAAGACCUGCGUACGAGCUUGGACACGGAGCGGCAUAACACGUCUGACCUCUCCGGUCAGCUCUCUCGUGAGAAGGUUACCAAUCUUGACCUUCAGACGGCUGCCUCGACUCUGCAGGGUCAAGUCGCGAAACUGCGGGAGGGACUGGAACGUGAACAGAGUCGAUAUGUCUCCAUCACGCUUAUGUGGAAUUCAUUGGUAAAUGCCCUGGAAGAAGAGAAAUCCAAGUCCCUGAACCUAUCGGACCUUCUGGACUCCGAGCGCCAGACGUUAUGGCGGGUACAGUCCGAGUUGGAGGCCCUAAAACAACAGGGGCUGGCUGAUCCCCGGGCAAUUGAGGAGUUGAGGUCAGAACUCCAGGAGGAGCGAGACCGUCGAUGUGCCGCCGAAUCCCAGCAUGAGAUUGAUGCUGUUACCGUGGGCAACCUGCAACAGGAAGUGGACAUGACGCGGCGACACCAGCAUGCCGUUGAGGCUGAGCUCUCAGCCAAGGUCAACAGGCUGCAGCAGGCUCUAAUCAACGAAGAACAGCGACAGGCUGAUACUGCCAGGGCAUUGGAGCGUGAGAGAGCCCUCAUCCAACAGCUGCAACAGAGCUUGGAUUCAGAACGCGAGGCUGGCAGAGAUCGCGUGUCCGUAUCUGAGGUGACACUUCAGUUGGAGGCGGAGCGAGCGAGUAUGGAGAACACACGUGCCGCCCUCGCACGGGAAACACGGGCUCGAGAAGAUGUGGAGGGAGAGAGACGGAUGUUGAAGGAACAUCUUGGUCAGGAACGGCAGCUGAAUGAAGAAAUAAAACAUGAGCUGGACAAAGUUCAGUUUGAGCGUCUGGAAGCAAUCAACAGUUUACAAAAGGAGCGUGACCUGUACGCCCGUAUGAAGGGUGAACGUGACGCCCUCACAGAGGAGGUGCGGACUGUUCGGACUCGGGAAUCUGAGAGGGAACAUCGGCGGGAGGAGGAGAGGCUUCAGGGAAGACAAUCUGCACGCGAGGUGGACAGAGAUCGUGAAGAGUCAAGGAUCAAACUGCGUGAGCAAGAGUUAGAAGUUCAACGCCUAUCCAAGAAAGCAUCACGUCUUGAAGAUCAGUUGGCAACAAGCCAAGAACAUGAGCUUCGUGCUGUACGAGAUUUAGAGAAACUGCGCCUGGAGGUCGAUGAACAUCAGUCACAUCAUGACAACAUGGUAUCUGCCCAAACGUCCCCACGAAGAGGUGAAGGCAUUGAUAGCUCGAUGGAUCUUGAUACGUCUGAGCAGCGUGAGAAAAUGUCUGUGUACCGCUCACAACUGGAGUCCAUGUGUCAGAGUUUACAUUAUCUGGUACUGCGUUGUCGCGAACAGCUCAAUAUGGCCAGCCAUAGUGGAUCGAGGUCAGGCGAGUCCAGUGACUACAACGUGCUUCAGCGCUCACUGCGCGACCUCCUCUCCGAGGUCAAACAGCUCCAGGAACUUGAAGGAGGGUUCAUGACACACCCCUCGUCAACCGUCAACGAGCGUGUCUUGAGACAUAACGAGGAGUUGACAAAUUACGUUGCAAGGAUCAGCGAGGAGAAAACAGAGCUACGUAACACACUGACGAGGCUCGAAGAAGAGAUAUGGAGAUAUCGGCAGAUGGAUGCAAAAUAUCAGGCAAUGCAGCGAACCAAUGAGGUCUCCGACCACCAGAUCUUGUCUGAGAGAGCCGAUUGGGCAAAGGAGCGACUCUCCCUGCAGAUGGCGCUCACUUCUGCAGAACGUGAAAUUGGGUUGCUGCAAACCGACCUACGUGUAGAACGGGAGAGACGUGUUGCCGCGGGAAACACCGAAACCAAGGAUACCGACAAAGUCAAAAUCCAGAGGUUGUACGGAAAGUUCUUAAGAGCGGAGAGUUUCCGGAAAGCGUUAGUCUACCAGAAGAAAUACUUGUUGUUGUUGCUAGGGGGGUUCCAGGAUACAGAAGAAACGACGCUGGCACUACUAUCGCGCAUGGGUGCAGUGGAUUCCCGGCAACGUUCGUCUCUGAGAGAUAAUGCCCGGCCACUCACUAAAUUCAGGGGAGCAGUCAGGGUUGUUAUUGCAAUACAGAGGAUGAGGUUCUUAGUGAAGAAGUGGCGCAGAGCUACGAGGGUUGGUUCUGAAGUUGUCGGGGGAUCAGUGGACCAGUCCAAUGGUUAUGUGCCAAAUGCGGGUAGUUACUCUCCACCCCGUAACGGGCAUGCUUCUCGUGUUACACCUGGUCACGCCCGAUCAUCGUCAUCACCUCCCACCCAUACAGCAUACCGUCACAUGUCCCCUGCCAGAACAGCAUCACCAGCCAUAGCGCGUACGGCGUCACCAGCAAGGGAGUAUAAUGGGACCAGUGACCACCACCAUGCCAGAGGCCCAGGAAGUUCAUUGAGUUCAGACCAAGGUCGCUUCCUGAGCCCAAGGUUUGACGUAGACGGUUACUCAUCGUCCUCAUACCAGUCCAACCAGCCAUUCUCUAUGACGAAUGUUCCAUGUACCCCACCCACCAAAGACUACAGCAGCACAACCAAAUAUACCUCACCCUCAUCCGGUGCUAGACGGAAAAUCCUAACGUCAGCGAGCAUCCCCGCCCCAAGUAGAGCCCUCUCAUCUGGCCGGGUGCGAUUCACACCAGACGAGGGCCGAGACUCACUAGGUGAUUCAGACGACUAUAUCAAUCGGCUAGAGAGCUUGCAGACUCGUCUAGGCACUCUGCAGAAUGAGCUAGGACUAAUUAUUUCCAUAGAUGGUAAGAAGACAAGCUGGAGACAGGCUUGGAGAUAACUGUGUUCACCUGGGGUCAUGUGAAUGUCAUGUGACCUAGUUGCUAGGAAACAAUUUCAAGUUGUUGCAAAAAGACACAGGAAACCGGAUUACUAGGAGACAACAAACAUCUGGUUGCUAGGAUACGAGAAGCAUCUUGUUGCUAGGAGACGAGCAUCAUCUAGUUGUUAAGAGACAAUGCCAAUUGAUUGCUAGGAGAAAAGAUACAAAUGGUUGCUAGGAGACAAAGCGCAACUUGUUGCUAGGAGACAAGAAACAUCUUGUUGCUAGGAGAUACUGUCAAGUUGUUGCUAGGAUACAUAGGUUGUAUCAGGUUCCUGUAUGGCACCUUGUGCUUAUAAUGAUGACCGGAAACCAUUUUGACUUCAGGAAGGAGGACAAAUUGAAUGUUAACAAGCCAUAAUGGCUGUAUACAGUGACCAUGUGACAGUGUGGAUGGUUUCUAGGGAUCAAAUUCUUUGAUUUUCUUGUUCAUAUUAUUUUAAGCAGAGACUAAACAUUUAUUUUAUUGUGUGUCAAAGUUCUAGAAUUGAACAAUUGAUUGUUAUUUUGGACACAAAUUAUGUCUCAAGAAAUUUGGCAUAAUGUUUUUAUAGAUUAAUGAAAUGUUAUAACUGUGAUAUUAGAUUAUUGCACUUAGAAAGUAGUUCUAGAGUUGUACUAGGUGACAUUUGUGUUAGGUGUAGGAAAUAUUGAAAACAUUUUUUGCUUAAUUUAUGAAUGUCACAAAUAUUGGUUUAUUACAAGGGGCCAAUACGUCCAGUAAUAUUUAUGAGCCUAAACUGCCACUUUGAUUAUGCCAUAAAUUAUCGUUACAGAAGUAUUUUUGCUGUUGUAUUAACCAUUACUGUGCUCAGCAUGGCUGUGUGUACAGAUAAUAUUUCAAUGGAUGUCCAUGUAAAUUGAAAAACACUGUAAUGUUAAGUUUGAGUGUAAACUUAUUAUUAUAUUUUUUAGCUAUGUUUUUGUGAGAUUUACAUAUGUUGUAUUUUGUCUUAAGCGAUGUUGACUAAAAUUGAAAUCCGUCCAUAUAUUUUAUGCAGCUUUGUUUUUCAUUAGCAAUGUUAGUCUUAAUUGUAUAUGUCGAUCUAGUUCCAUCAUAUAUUCCUAAACAAAUAUCUCAAGAAAGGCCUUAAAUAUUUUAUGAUUGUCUAUCUAUCUUGAUAAUUGUCUGAAAUUGUAUCCUUUAAAAAGGCCUAUGAUUCUACAAUAUACAUGAUAUUCCAUUAGAUUUGUUGAACAUUAGACAGAGCAUUAAACUUUUAUUUUAUAGAUCUGCACUAAGUAGAUGUCAUUGAUCUUAUUGAAUUAUUUGUUGCAUUUCAGAACUUUCUGGAUUAUAAAACUUUGGCCUAAAACAUUUUAUCACUUUGUUCCUUAUAAAGUGAAUUUACAAUGAGAAAUGUUUAGCCUAUUGAUAAAACUUUAGAUGUGUAUUUAUAUGUAUAUACAUGUAGCAUUUUACUUAUUGAAAUUAACUUAUUUUUUGUGUACAUUGUAUAUAGAUUUGCACAUAAGAUGUACAAUGUAUGAUAACAUAUGCAUAGUGACUCAUUAAAAGUAUGAACCGAUGA